CAGGGAGGUGCCUGACAGCCCAGAGCCCUCCUGCAGCCCUUAUAAAAGCUCACUGAGCCCAGGGCUCCUCACUCGCUCUCCUUCACCUCCAGACCUGCUGCCUGCAGCUCCAGAGGCUUUGCCACCACUCCAGCAAGAUGUGCUCCCGGGGGUCCUGCCACGACUAUGAGUCCUCCUGCCACGGAUCUCGCUCCUCCUGCCACGAGUCCUACUCCUCCUGCCACAACUCAGGGCCCUCCUGCCACUACAGCAUCCAGAGGCAGCCUGUGCAGAAGUACAGCUACGUGACCCCCUGCUACCCCCCUGUGCAGUCCUACUGCCCCCCCGUGCAGCGCUACUGCCCCCCUCUGCAGCCCUGCUGCCCCCCGGUGCAGCGCUACUGCCCCCCGGCCCCCUACUGCCCCCAGUACACCAAGAACAUCUGCAAGCUGCCCCCCAAGUGCCCCAAGUACUAG